AUGGUUAAGCGGGACCAUUUUUCAAAGUUGGCAUCUGAGAAUGUUAAGGAGAGAGUGCAAGCCGCUAAUGCUUUAAUGCAAGAGUUGAUAGAAGAAGAUUCACCUGAAGAAUGGGACUACACUUACAAUCGUUUGAUAAAAGGUUUAACCUCUACGAGACAAACAGCCAAAUUGGGAUUUGGAAUGCUUUUAACUGAAGUUGUCUCCGAAGUGAAGAAGCGAGAUGACUUGACUGUGGAGAAGUACUUAGACAAGUUGAAUGAAGUUACUUCUGUUAAAGGUGGUAUGAAAGGAAAAGAAGAAAGAGCACUCUUGUUUGGUCGUUUGUUUGGACUCAAUGUUGUCAUAAAAGUAGGAUGGCUUGAAGAAGCUAGUGAAGCUGAAUGGUUCCAUUUCAUUGAUGUUUUGGUUGAUUUGUUAAGUACGAAGCCUUGGAUACGUGAAGCUGCAGCUGCCAGCUUGAUUGGUGCCAUCAAAACGGCCAAUUCCAAAGUUGCUGAUGUAAUUUACUUGAAAGUUUUGCAAAAAUUGAAUGACCUUGGUUUGAACCUUUCUACCGAGGGAUUGGCUGUUUACUUGGCAAUAGAUAAGGGAGUAAGGUCAACACUUGCUGAAAAGAUUGUCAAUCCGAAAUCGAAUUGGAAAAACGGCGAUCCCCUCCACAAAGGGAACCUACCAAUAUUGGCUAAGGUUUUGAAAGACGUUGAAAUUGUUGACGAAAAUGCAGAAGAUAGGAAACAAAAGAGUAACUGGACUCCCAACUUACCAUUUGUUUGGGAUAUUCUUAUUGGUGAAUUUGUUAAUUUCAAUGAUAAAGUGAAAGAACCACCGAAGAAGAAGCAUAAGAAGAGCAGUGUAAGUAAGAGUGACGAGGUGAUUGGUUUGAAAGAGUUUUACAAAGUUGUCAUUGAUGAAUCCUUGUUCUCUGAGAAAUCAUCGCAUGAAAGAAAGUACUGGGGAUUUGAGAUUUUCACCAAGUUUUUGGCAAAAUUGGAUCGCGACUUGGAUGUGUUGUUUACUCCAAACUUUAUGAGAUGUUUGAUUAACCAGUCGUCACACAAAUCACGCACGUUACACGACAUUGCUGUCAAAGUGUUGUCAACAAUAACUGAAAAAGGCUCACAUUCACCGGAAAUAGCACCUAUUUUACUCAGGUGCUUGUUGGAUGAGUCAAGAGGUGGAUGCUGGAACUUCGAUUUGGUUACGAAAUCGCGUACUAUUGAAGGCAUCUUGUCAAUACCCAAUAUUGCGAACAUAUCCGUUGUUAUUGCCAAAUUUAAUGACAUGUUGAAGAGUCAAACAGCUACAGAUGGAUUUAAGUACUCAAAUGAUAAUGUUCUCAAAUGGUGUCUUGACAAAUUGGUGCACUUGGUUAAGUUCAACAGAGACGAGGCAGUUGUAAAGGAAACUAUUGAGUUGUUGAUUAGAAAUGCUUUUUUCGAAGUGGAUGUAUCGCCUAAUGUCAGAAAACUAGCCCAAGAAAAGUUGAACUCUGUUCUUUCGGAGGUUUUAUCUCACAGCAAUGACUCUGGUAUAUCAUGGACUAGAUACUGUGUUGAACAAAUUGCACUGUUGGAAAAGACCAACAAAUGUUUGGUUGAGUUUGAUGAGGAGUUGGGAAACGUGCGCGAUGAAACUGGAGAAAUAUUACACUCGAUUUCGAGUAGCUCAAACAGGGAUUUCCGCAGUGUAUUCGGUUUAUUGUUUUCCAUGUGCUUUAUUCAAUUGUACAUGGGCGAUGAAGAAAUCGUUCAAAUAACUCAAGAAUUAAUCUCGCUUUACCAAAGUGAGUCGCAGAAAAACGAUGACAAUGUGGAUACUGCCUUGGUCAUGACUGAAAUUCUUCUAAGCUUCAUUACUAGAAAAAGCACCUUGUUGAAAAAGUUGUCCAUGAUCGUAUGGGAUCAUUUCCUUUGUGGAUAUAAUGAAGAGGGGCAUUUGAGAAUAAAUGAUGAAUGUUUUGAGUUGUUAUUUGAUGUGUUGAAGGCAAGAGAGAAUAAAGAGGGACAGAAGCAGCUAUUUGAGAACGAUGAUGAGAUGGUUGUUGAUGGAGAAGAUGACGAUGAAGAAGGAGUCGGAGAAGACGAUGAUGGUGAUGGUGAUGGUGAUGACGAUGAUGCAGAAGAUGGUGAUGAUGAUGACGAUGAUGAUGAUGAUGACGAUGAUGAUGGAGACGAUGGAGAUGAUGGCGACGACGAUGAUGAAACUGCCAACAACACAAUGACCGACAUCGACAGAGAAACAAAUCUUAAACUCGCAAAAGCUUUGGGUAUACCCACUGCCGAAUCAGGAGAAGUCAAAUUUGACGAGCUUUCUGACCUUGACUCAUCUAACGACGAAUACGAAAGCGACUCAAUGGAUGAUGAACAAAUGAUGGCUAUGGAUGAUCAGUUAUCCAAAAUCUUUAAAGAAAGGCAAGAUAUAUUGAGCAGCGUUAGUUCAGGAAAUAAGAGAAAGACAGAGGUUCAUGAAGCACGUGAAAAUAUGAUCUUUUUCAAGAAUAGAGUGUUAGAUUUGUUAGAAAGCUUUACCAAACAUCAUCCAAACGCUGAGUACAACUUGAAAUUUAUUGACCCAGUGGUAGCCUUAAUCAAUUUGACAUUGGACAAGAAUUUGGGAGUUAAAGCACACAAGUUUUUAAAAACAAAAAUCAGUAAAACCAAGGUCUAUUCUACUGAUAGGUCAGCUGGUGUCAAGGAUGUUCCAAAAUUCACUCAAUGGACCAAAAGGAUGAUUGAAAAAUUACAAAACCAAGCCUCAACUACCAAGUCAUCUAACCAGGCCGUCAUUGCUAGUUAUAAUCAAAGCUGUAUCAUCCUUGCAAAGAAUUUGUUGGGAGUCGAUUCAUCGCAAUUGGAGCUGGUUAUUGAUAUAUACGCUGAGUCCUUGAAACUGUGGGCAUUAAACAAAAAUAACAAAAUCCAGCCAUCCUUAUUCUUUGACUUUGUUAACUGGUUAAACGAUAAGAGGCAGAGUCUACCUGGGCAAUAA